CACGUUUUCAGAUUUGCCAUGUCAUAAAAUCAUACAUCUAGUGACACGUGGAGCCAACAGUAAAAAUGACAAACCUGAAAUUCAGAAUUGGAUACAUUCUAUUCUUGAACAUGCUGACAGUUUAAGACUGAGGUCCGUUGCAAUUCCACUAGAUUUACUACCUGAAGAAGAGAUGCCUUUACAUGAGCAAGCCAAAGAGAUAGAACAAGCUUUGAAAAAACCGCCACAGCUCAAAUACAUGGAGGAAGUGUAUUUAUGUGAGUGCAGUGAUGAAUCGGCAGAAAGUGUUAAGAGGCGUUUAAGAAAUUUAGCAGAGAAUGAAGUUUUACUCAGUUUUCAAGAACUGCAUCAAAAUGCUCUAACUACACCCUACAAUGAAAUUGGCAGGAGGAAAACGACCAAUAGAAUUGAAAUUGACAUUGUCUUUGGAUCACUUGUGAAACAAAAGGUUGAUGUAAUGGUGAAUACAACUGGCAGAUGUCUUGCAUUAUCUGAAGGUGGUAUGAUGUCAAAGACUAUUCUCCAAAAAGCUGGAGGGAAGGUUCAAAAAGAGCUGAACGAAUGUUAUGCAAAUGGUAUCAAAUUUGGUGAUAUUGCUGUCACUGAAGGCGGAGAUCUUCAAUGCCGUUACAUUUUUCAUACUGCACUGUAUAACUGGACAACAGUUGGAAAUUUCUCACUCAUGGUUCUAAAACUCAUUGUAUGGCAUUGUUUACAAGAAGCAGAAAGAAGAAAUUGUCCCCAAAUUUCUUUUCCAUCACUUGGAACGGGAAAGUUGGGUUACCCAUGGAGACUUGUAGCAGAAACUAUGUUCCAUACUGUCCAUUGUUAUGAACAGGCUAACAGCCACACAUGCAUUAACAAGGUUAUGUUUGUGUUGCCUAAAGAGGAAGAAGUUUGUGUUAGGGAUUUCCAAUCAACACAGAGGAAUCAAAACAAUUUGCUUCAGCAAAAAAUGGCUGGAUCCUGGGAAUCCUCAUUUCGGAUGGGUGACUCACAGAUUGUCACAGUGUACUUAUCAACAGAAAGAUCCAAAUGGAAAUGGGGUUCACUACUGAGGAUUGUUUGGAAUUCAACAUCUGAAAAUGAUCUAUCUUGGGAUGAAAAAGAGGAUUGCUUUAUUAUUACUACUGCAAAAUUCAAUAACGUAGCUCACACACUGUGGAAGCAAAGAGUAUCAACAGUUGAAGUGAUAUUGACACAGGGCAACUUUGAAGAGGUGAUAAGGAAUCUCAUGUACAGGAUGAACAGUAUAAAGUACCACUAUGUUCAGUAUUUGUUCAUAGUAUUUCCAAACUCUGAUGGACUGAAUGCGUAUAUUUUAAACCACCAAGAAGAAAAUUGGAGACAAAGAACAAAACUUCCACUGCCGGUCAUUUUAAAAGUUACUGGAAGUGCUGAUGCUGUUCCUAAAGUUAUGAGUACACUUCAAGCCAGCAUUAAGGAUUCUCUGGAUGGCAUACAAAUAUUUGAAAGCGUGUCAGGAACAAUUUCUCCAUUUCUGCAGCGGGCUGAAAUAGAAAAUACUGUUCAAGAGUUUGGUUGUGUAUUAGGAGAUGACAAAUCAAAUGGAACCUCUGUAACAGCUACUGGCCUCUCUAAUCUGCUGAAACUAAACCAAAAGUUAACAGCGUAUUUAUCUGCAGAUGAAAAAUCAAGAGGAAGGAAAAAUGCAGAGGAAAAAAAUAUAAGUGAUUCACCCAAACUUGAUCAACUGCCAUUGGCUAUCAAAAUGUCAGAAUGUGAAUUCAAUUCGUUCAAGUACUUUGGAGAGAAAGAAGGCCUUCAAGCAUUCAAGUCUGUUGCAAAUAAUUUGAAGUAUAGAGAUGGGGAGCUGCUAGUAGUUGUCAAUAACGAAACAACAAAAUCAGAUUUAAAAAAGCAUUAUGAGAGAAUAAAGAUAAUGAAUACAGAUGAGUAUGCUGUUCCAAAAGAACAAACCGGUAAAAUACCUGGUGUAGUCCAAGAAAUUCAGAAAGAAUAUCCAGAUGCCUGUUUUUAUGGCGGUCAGUCACAAAUUAUAAUCACUUGUGAUGAUUAUUCUCAGCUGCAAAUGACAAAGAAUGCUUUGAAACUUAAGGUGGAGGGUGAACAAAAAAGCAGAAGAAGUCGAAGAUUUCUAACUACAGAUGAAAAAUCUGAAGGUCAGGCUGAGGUAAUACAUUCCAGCUCUAAGGAGGGAGGCAGGAAUAGAAGAUUUCUAGCUAAUGACUCAGAUUCUGGACUUUCUGCAUCAAACACAGAGAAGCUUGGAGAUACCUUGGAAUUGCAAACAGAAGAGGGACUUGUUGUGAAGGUUUAUCUGGACAGUAUCACUAGACUUAAAGUUGAUUGUAUUGUCAAUGCAGCGAAUGAAUCUUUAAGUCAUGGAGGGGGUGUAGCGUUGGCUAUAUCAGAGGCAGCUGGUUAUGGAUUCGAUCAAGAGAGUAUGGAGUACAUCGGAAAGCAUGGUCAAAUACCAGUAGGUGAAUGCUGUGUAACAGGUGCUGGUAAUCUGCCAUACCAGUAUGUCAUCCACACUGUAGGACCAAGAUGGCAUGCUUACAAAGAGGAUGAGAAAAGGUACUGUUUGGAUGACCUUCAGCAGGCUGUAGAGGUCACUUUUAAGAAAGCUGAGGAAUUAGGAAUGGCGUCGAUAGCAUUACCAGCUAUUAGCUCAGGCAUAUUUGGAGUACCAAAGGACAAGUGUGUAGAACAGUACUACCGAGCCGUUGUAUCAUUUAGUAGGUCCAACAAGUGUAACAGUCUUAGAGAGAUUCACUUUGUAGACAGAGAUUAUGACAUGGUUGGAAAUAUCAAAGCUUCGUUCAUUAGGUUAAGAGACCACUCAUCUCAACAGCUCAGUGAUGUAAGCAGUACUGCACCCAACACCACAGCGACUGUUUCAAAGAAAAAUUAUCCAGAUCCAUCACAGCAGAAUUAUGUGUACAGCCCUCCUCUGGAUGAUGGUGAAGAGUGUUGCAUGUUUAAUGUGGCAAAGUCUCUUUCUAUUUAUUUUUCUGUAGGGGAUAUUUUGAAAUCCAAAGCAGAUGCUAUUGUGUGUCCCCAAGAUAAGAAAUGUUGCUCCUCUGAAGAUGACGCAAAAGCGUUGUUUGAAUACAUUAAGGAUGGAGCAGCCUUUCCAAAAGUUGAAGAGAAGGAUUGUAGAUAUGGAAAAAUUAUUCCCAUGGAAAUUAAAAAUUCUAAUAUGCCUUGGAGUAUUAUUCUUCAUACUGUUACUCCAAAUUGUGAUGAUUUUGUUGCCGAUGAAAAAGAGAAAUUCCAGAAAAAUCUUGAGAAAACUUAUGAAAGGGUGUUAAGUGAGGCAGAGAAUCGGAAAAUUUCCAAAAUCACCAUGCCAGUUUUAGGACUUGGAGCAUCAAAUAUUUUUCAAAGACCAACUGAGAUCGGUGCAGAAAGUUUUGCAAAUGCUGUGCAGUCAUUUAUUAAUGAUGCCUCUCAGUAUCUGAGAGAGGUGACAGUUGUAUUUCGAAGUAAAGCUGAUAAAUUUGCAUACAUUGAUGGAAUGAAAAAGGUUGGCUAUGAUGACAUUUGCUUAUUGCCAAAUGUCACCCCAGUAGAGGAAGAAAACUGUUGCAUUUGUAUGGAUACGCUCACUAAUCCAAAACGUCUUCACAAGUGUGGCCAUGUCUUCUGCACUGAAUGCAUUGAACAGCAAUUCGAGUAUAAACCAGCUUGUCCCAGUUGUGGUCAGUUGUAUGGAAAGAUGACAGGAGAUCAACCUCCAGGAACUGUGUAUGUCAGGAAGGAGUGGAGGAGACUCCCCGGCUAUGAAGAUUGUGAUGGAUGUAUUGUUAUUACAUACAAUAUUAAUGGAGGAUACCAAGGGGAGGAGCAUCCAAAUCCUACUAAAUACUUUAAAGGAAUAUCCCGCUCUGGUUACAUUCCAAAUAAUAAAAAGGGCAAAUUGGUGGCCAAACUACUGAAUGUUGCUUUUACAAGGAGACUGGUGUUUACCAUUGGACGGUCCAGAACUACAGGGGAAGAAGGGGUUGUGACAUGGAAUGAUAUUCACCACAAAACCAGACCAGAGGGAGGGUCACAAAGGUUUGGUUAUCCAGAUGCAACUUACCUUGACCGGGUUCUAGAAGAACUCGCUGCAAAAGGCGUAACUAGAGAGUCUGCUGAUGACCCUAAGGAGUAUGUGGAGUUUACGAGAUACUUCCGUUAAAAUGGACAUUACCAACAGACUAUGAUUGGCACCCAUAUACAGUGUGUUAGCUGCAAUGUUAUAUUUAUUCAACUGAGUUCUAAUCCUUCAAGUUUUUAAUGCUAAUGUAUUUCGGUGUACAAACAUCUGUAGAAUAUCAAUAUUGUUCAUGUCAGUAAUGUUAAUAUGGAUAUUGGAAAGUUUUAAAUUUCAAAAACAUAUAAAAAUGAAGUUCAGAAAAAUGCACAUCAAAGGACUAUACAUGAUAAGGACUCAAUUUGCCCACCAAAAUCGACAUUCUUGAAGUUCAACUCCUCAUGCAAAUCAUUUGAUCAAAAUGAUGUAGAUCCAGAAUUAUGACAUCACAAACAUGACAUUUUGCUGUUAUGUUCAAUUAGAAAAAUUUUAUGGCAAAUUUCGAACCACAAUGAAAUAACAAAACGUACUAAAUGUUUCAAUGUAUUGAAACCAUAUUCAUGAAAUUACAUCCCAAUGAAAUUGUAAUAUCUUUGCAAUCCGAAAAAACUCGGCCUCAUCAAUGUAAAUGAUUCCGCUGUAUCAGUCCAGUACAUGAUAGAAAAAAAUUCUUUGUCUAAAGCUGUGCUUUAUGUUUUCCUAAAGAAAAACAUUCGCAAAAAUGAGCAAUUAAACCACAUGUAAAUUUGAUCAAAAUGGAGAAAUUGUGUCAACUGUAUUUUAUGAGGUAUAGCAGAUUUAGACUUCAAAAUCUUUUAAUUUUGAGUUUAUGAGAGCCUAGAAGGACUAUUAUCAUGCAUAUAGUCCUUUUCAAGUUUCAGUUCUCACUCAUUUUUAAUUCACUUGAGCUGACUACUGAUCAAAAUUUGUCUGCUGUAAUUAACUUAAUUAAUUUUGUCAGGUUUUCAACUUCCUCUAAAGAACCAUGGGUCCAUUUCAGUCAUACAUAAAAUAUCAUUGAGUGAAAGGGAUUCAAGUUUGUUAAACUGCAGAGUUUUAAAGUUUUACAUAAGAAUACAUUGGAAAUUUGUUUAAGAACACAUUACAUGUUUCCAAAGUAUACAAAAUUAUAUGCAUUUUGUCUUUCUUAUGCUUAUAGUAAUUAAUUCUAAUAGUUCGCCGAAAUAUUGUGAUAAUUAGCUGCAAUACAGAUUUAAAUUUAAAUCAUGAAAAUAAUUAAUUUUGCUGAAAAAAUGAAAAAGUUUAAUAAUGUGUUAUGUCCUUUAAGAACCACAAGUGCACAAUAUGUUCAGAUGAUAUGCAAACAUCUUUGUUUAAGAUAGAUUCAAGAUUCUUGGGUUCAAAGUGUAAGGCAUACUUGGGAUUUAACAUUUUAAAUAGAAAAAAAUGAAAUAUAACUGGUGAGCAAUGUGGCCUAUUAGGGUCGGUUUUUUUGUUGUUGGUAAAAUCUCUUUAUGUACAGAAUAUUUAAAAGAGCAGACUUUUCUGAAUACAUUUUAAAUCAUUAACAUUAGCUUGUCAUUGGAAAGUAACAUUAAUGUUCAUAUUUGUAAUUCAUGUAGAUACAUGUAUAUCAGCUUGGACCUUUUCAUUUUAAAUCACUAAGUAUAGAUAAUUUGAUACACAUUAGCACGUGUGUUAUUUUGGAUGCUUAAAUUGUCUGAAAAUAUUUGUAUGCAAAAGGGAUUCAAUUGUAUGAAGCAAACUGUAAGGGGAGAUAAUUAGUAUAAUUUGGUGAGAUUAUUUAGAAGUUUUUUCAAAGUACUGAUAGUGCCUUAAACAAAAUGUUUCAAUUUAGAAUCUUAAGACAUUUGUUCAAUAUGAAUGGAUUAAGAAACUUAUCAUAUUUACAAGUUAUGUUUAAUGUUUACAUCAUGAAUGUAUAGAAAUAUAUAUGACCAUGAAACAGUUUCAAAUAAUAUCCAAGCAUAUUGAUGGUAUUGAUCAGAAUGUGAUUAAUAUGGGUUAGGUGGCAUAUUCCCUUAGAUGGGUAUUGAAGUGCAUGGUCUUCAGUGUACAUAUAUUAUAUUGUUUGUAUGCUAAAAUAUUUAGCUGAUUUAUGUUAUUGUAUAGGUGAUAAUUAUAUGUAGGUCACUGGAGUUGUACCUAUGAGCUAUUGAGAUUUGUUUGGCUAGCUUGAGCCUAGUGGGCUACCCUGAUCAGACUUUCUGCUGUUGUCAGACAUUCUUUUUUUUUUUUUUUUUUUUUUUAUAUAUACUUUUUUGAGUUCCUCAGAACAUAGGCUAAUUUCAACCAAACUUCCUUGUGCACAAAGGGACUGUGAAAGGGAUUCAAGCUUAUUCAAAUGAAGGGUCAUUCUCCUCUGAAACGUGCAAAAAAGGUAAUUGGAAAGUAUUGAGAAGUAUAGUGCUAUAUGCUUUAAUAUUAGUUUUUAAGAAAAGCCAGCAGUUUUUGAAACCUUUUGUUAUGCAGCUUAGGGCCAGGGCAAUGUCACAAAAGGAAUUUAAUGUGUGUAUACAGAUGUAGUCAUGGAUAGGAAACAGUCCUUUUAAGGGCCAUGAUUCAAAGUUUGAAAACAUAUAAUAUCCAUUAUCUUGAUACAAUGUAGUUUCAAGUUUGCUCAAACCAUGAUCAGGAUUGUGACUGCUCCAUAAUUGGAAAUUAAAAUUUUACAUUAGAAAACUUUCCCAAGGAUAAGGUUAGGUCCACAAUAGGGGUUCAAAAUUUUACACAGAAUUUAUGCAGAAUUGGUUAUAUAGAAUUUUUUAAAAACAUUUUCCCAUGAACCACAGGGCACAAUUUGUCAAAGUAAUAUACAAGCAUCCUCAUUUAGUGUAGAUUUCAAGUUUGUUGGCAUUUUGUCCCAUGGGCCAGUGUAGGUCCACCAGGUUCAAAAUCUGCAUCUAAUACUGGAGCCCACAAGUGUAUAAUUUGUCAAAUAAUGUGUAAGUAUCCUAAUGUAAUGUAGAUUAAGAUCAGUUAACAUUCAAACUCUGACCUUUGAGACAAGGGAGGGACAUUAUUUGGUAUUAGUUUUCAAUAAGGAAAUGUCUUUAAAUAAUUUCUUCAUAUAACCACAACUCUACAUUUUGUCAAAUUGAUUUUCAUCAUGUAGAUUUACAUUCAUUCAAAUCAUGACCCAUGGAGCCACUGUUUGGAUUUUUAGCAUUACAUAGGAAUAUAUUAAGGUUUUUUUUAUUAAAAAAACCUUUCAAAAUCAACAAGGGCACAGUUUAUCAUAUAAAUAUGCAAGCAUCCCCAUGUAAUAUAGAUUAAAGUUUGCUCACACCAUGAUCCCAGAGCCACUCCAAGCCAGGGUGGGCUACAGUAGGGGUGUAAAGUAUUAGUAUUUAUGAAUGAGGUUGAUGACUCAGAUGAUUGUUGUAGGGCAUGGGUUAAUCAUUAUCUGGUGUGUUGCAUUUUGAGGUACUUGAACUGAAGCUGCAGGGCAAGUUCUUUUUAUUUUGGUAUGUAAUGUAUGUAGGAGAAAAGAACCAAAGUUUGUAAUCUUAUGAUCUUGGGUGUAUCGGGUACAAAAACAAAUAUGAAAGAUGGUGCAAUCUUUAGAAAUAUUCCUCUUGUAGACAAACUUGGACAACAGUUGCACUUAAAUGAGGAAUGGGACCUCAACCAAAAUAAGUCAUUACCCUUGGGUUUCAAAAGUUCAAGUGCCCUAGGUUUGGGAUGAAUUAAUCAUUUGAUUAAAAUGCUGGUUAUAAUUGGUAUGAUGGAGAAUUACCCCAAGAGUAUCAUGUACUAAAAUGCUUUUGUUUUGAUAGCUUUUCUGCAUCUAUUUUGUUGAUUUUCACCAUGGUAAUUAUGUGUACAUUAUAUACUCGAAAAUUAGUUCAGUCGAAAUUUAAUACAUUCGCUCUAUGUAAAAGCGUAUACUUCUGAAGGGAAUCAAUUGGAUAAUGGGUCCUUUCCAUUGAUGGAAAGGUGAUUUAAGUAAUCAUAUUUUCUAAAACAGUUUUAAAAGAAUCAACUUCUAAAUCAAACAACCUCAUUUACAACAAGGUUCAAAUUGUCAACUUAUUUUGUGAUUUUACGUAAUUAAGUAAAACCUGUGAUGUUGAAAACAAAUUAUCUAUCUUCAAUAAAUAAUGAAAGCAAA